GUUAAAGGUUGACAGUAUCUCGGAUAUGUACGCAGAUUGUGUUGUUCUCCAUCACUUCGACGAGAAAAAAUGCCAUUAAGAGAGUGCUGAACUAUUGACCACACAAUGAGCUCAUUAUCAGCAUCAGCCGCUGUGUUUGUACCCGGAAGGAGCUGGCAACCAGCACCAGGCCCUGUCAGUUCAGCAGCUGCAGCAAGGACCGAUGUUCAGCCGCAGCAGUUCACCAGCGCUGGACCUGCUGAGUUUGUACCAGGAAAGCCAUGGGCUGGCGGGGACGGACUAAACUCUGGGCAGCCACAACAGUGGUCUAACGGGGAAGAACAGUACCAGGCACAGUAUGCCAAUAGAUCACAGGAGCCCCAGAGCAUCCAAUUGGUGAGGGAUGUGUUAGGAAGUCUGAAUAGCAAUCCAGGCAUGUUUGAAGACCUCAUGCAUUCCCUUGUGGCACGUCUCAAUUCGACCAUCGUUUCAGACGAUGAACUGAGUGCAAUUGCCAGUAUCAUAUUUGAACAGUCAGUUUCGGAGCCAAACUUCAGAUAUACAGGAGCCAGAGCCUGUGAUUAUUUGACUGUGCAUCUUAAACUCCCACCACCAAUUAAAACAUUCAGGGUACACAUCAACCAAAGAGUGAAAGAUCCCGUCGAAAGAAGGGAACAAAUGGCCAAAGACCCAAGACAGAUGGGACGGUUACAUGGCGCUACCAUGUUCCUCGCAGAAUUAUUUCUGAACACAGAGGUGGAAGGUAAGAGGAUAGCAAUUUACCGAACAGCCCUGACUGAACUGAUGGAUACGUUGGUAAAAAACGCCAGCGACGAAAACCUCAAAUGUCUUGGCCAACUGCUCAAGCUUUCAGGUAAAGAGAUUGAAGACUACGAUAAUGCGCAGAAUCAGAGCACAGUAUCCAAGACUUUAAAUGAAAUAUUCAAUGAGGCGAGGAGGCAAACAACGAGGGACACCAUGGACAAGGGCAUCCGUGUGCUGUGGUUGCAGCUGUUUGAGCUGCGAGGGGCCAAGUGGGGUCAAGCGGAAGUGAAGUACAACAGUAGUUCAGGUCCACCUGGGGUAGCUGGUGGUAAUGUCUGCAUGGCAGCGGGAGGAGAUGCACCACCAUCUACAGCUGAGUUCACGAAUGAGCCAGUCUUCUACAAUAACCAAGGUCAAGUUAUCACCGCUGCAGAAGCAGGUUUUGGUGAUGAGUUAGAUGCGGAGUAUGACAACUACACCUGUUACGACGAAUCUGCAGUAGAUCCCUACGCUGACUACGACUUGGAUCCGAGCCAUUAUCAACCAGACGCCAAUGAAGGGCUUGAUUAUGCCGACGAUCUGGACGAAUUAGAUGCUGAAAUCCAAGCUGCCUUCAGUGACUUCCUCAUCGAGUCUGGGCAGGGGGCACCCUCAUGAAUUAUUCAUACAUAUUCAAAUAUGUAAAAUACAGUAUUGAAUACAUUAUUUUGUUGCCAUACUUCCAUAGUAUUGAUGACCUCUGAGUGAGUGGUGCACCUCAUUUACUACAAGAAUAAAGUUAUGUGAAUGAAUAAAUCAUGAAUAAUUCAUGAUAGGUCAAGUAACGAAGAGCAUAUCUGUCAUGAACGGUUCAUGAACGUAAAAUUUAUUUAUAUUAAUGUUUCCAAUGUUAAAGGUACUACACAGGAUUGGUUGAGCUGAUGAAAUAGUCGCAGAGAGUGUUCAUGUUUUGUGGGAUCAACUAUAUACAUGAAAUAACAAACCUUGACAAGUUUUGGCCUAAUUUGUGGUGCGAGUCAGGAGAAAAUUGUGAAAAAACAUACACAAUUUUCAGUUUGAAAACACAUUUUACCUAAAUUUGGUUGUAACAACCGACAUCAGCUGUUCUCGAACAAUAUGACUUCAUUUCAGAGGGAAAAAUUUCACACAAAAAUGGUUCUUGUAAGAAUUUCAUAAUCAGUUAACCAAAGUUAACCAAAAUUAAACAGCGUUUUUUUAACUUACCAAUCCUGUGUAAUACCUUUAUAAGAUUAUGGCAGUAUACUUACAUUAUGGUACAACUUGUAAAGCACACAUGCAGUACAUGUUUUGGGCAGCUAAAAUGUGUGAAUUAUUUUGGGCAUUCAGCGAGCAUUUCAAAAUCUGUAUAAAGCAAAACCCUACUCACAAGAGAUUUCUUGCUUGUUUCCUAUCACACCAAUCACAGGCAUAUUACCUUUUUUUUUUUACCGAACUCAGGAAAGUAUACAGUGCUAACACACAUCGGUUUGUACUGGUGUAUGGGUUAAACGAAAAUUAAUAUUCUUUAUCCCUGAUGCAAAUUUAACAUCUGUUAAAACAUUGGCAAGCAUUUUAUGUGAUAACUUUCACACUGACUGACCUUUUGUGAAAGCUUUCAAAAAUCAGAAGUUAGGUAGGGUCAUAGAUUGGUAAAUACUCCCCAAAUUUACAACCAUGAAAACUUGACUUGGUCAUGGUGGUGAGAAACACUGCAGCUAUUUAUAGUGAUAUACUUUUUGGAGAAAGGAUCCCCUUCAAAGAAAAAUUAAAUGGCUCAGAUAAUUUUUUGGACCAAACACAUGAUUGAAUCUGAGAAACGAUUCAUGCAUGAAUCGUUUUUCAGAUCUCUCAGGGUUGGUGUCCAUUCUUGAAUGCUGUGGCCAGACAUGCGCAGACCUGCCAACAUUGGCAUCCAAGAAAUAGGGACAAAUCUGGACUGAUUUUGUUGCUGUUGCGGGAGGUGAACAUCGGAAACUGUACACUUUUACUUUUUUAGGAGUCAAACUUCGGGUCUCCUGCAAUGUGAUGCGGUUGGUACCUGCCGGCGUCUCACUAAACAUGGAUGUAUUCAAUAUUGGUGUGAAAAUAAAGUGACAGUUUCUGGCUGUUUUCUCAGAAAGUAGACACUGUAUUCAGAAAAAAAACUAUCACGUGUGAACUGAUUGUAUUUCCAGAAGACGAUCAGAGCAUACUGAUCGAAACGUUGAGUUAAACCAACGGUUCUUUUCAGAACUACCCCAACUCAUUUAGAGAUAGUCAUUACAUGGUGUUACUGCAAACUCUUCUAUAUCUAUAUGAUUGUUUCUCUCUUAAUAAUUUUAGAUUUACAUCAGCAUUACAUUAAAAGUACAAUUCCAGUACAAUCUAUGACCCUACCUCUAAAUAAGUCCUUCCUUAUUCUAGCCAUGAACAACAAAUUAACUGAUCAAGGGAAAGCAGCGUUUGAUGUCGCUGAUGUAUAUAACUUUUUUGUUAAUCUAACAGUUGUGAAUUCAACACUUUUGAACCCCACUUUAUAUAAAAAAUGUGAAUGCCCAUGUUAAAAAUGUAUAACUCAAUGGACAAGUAAAAUGUUGCCUAGUGUUGUUAAUCAUGUUAAUACACAUACACAUGUACAUGCAUCUGAGCAUUAGCUUAUUGGCUACGAAUGGUCAAGUCUAUAAUUUUAUCGUUAAAAGGGCAAGGCCAUUUUCAUGUUGCAAAGGCACUUCCAUGGGAAAUCUUUUGAAGGGGCACCAAGGCCAAAACAAGGGGCAACGGAAGCCAUGGCCUUCUUGUAUUUCCAGGCCUAAAUUGUGUUCUUAAACUCAUCAGCAACUAUGUGAAAUUUGUUAAACAUUUCUCUCCUGCAAAUGUUUAAAACUUGGCAUAUUCAGUCGUCACAUCAUCAAAAAAUGGAGAAGAAUUCUUAUUGUGAUUAGCACUCGUACCAUCUUUUAUGUAAAUAAGUGAACUUUUGAUUUUAAAAUUAGGUUGUUUUAGCGGUUCCUUAAACUGCGUGUAAGAACUGAGGGUUCGGAAUUUCGUUUCGGUUUCAGUUCGGAAUAAGUCGAUACUUAUUUGAGGUAAUUCUUCGUACCUUACACUGAGACCAAUUUUCACAAAGAUGGAUCUUUACCCAGCAAGGACCAUUCAUAUUUGUAUGUAUUAUUACACCACUGCUAAGUAGGACUUGAAACUUUGCAUGGUGGAAAUACGAUAUGGAAAGGUUUGCGGUAACACCAUGUAAUGACUAUCUGUAAAC